CCCUCCCCGUACAACAAGACAGAAACCGUCACUCUAUUUUUAUUCGCCAAUCCUGGUAAUGUUGUCUUGUCUUGCCUCGACUCUAACCACUGAAACUGGAAGAUGCUGUUACUGAACGCCCUCACCCUAGCUCGGACCAUGUUCCGGACCACCGACAUCGUUUUAGAGUCGGAGGACAUCCCGUUCGGGACUCCUUGGUGGUUUAUCUACGCCAUUUUCUCGUGCUUGCUCGUCCUCUUUGCCGGCAUCAUGUCUGGCCUCACUUUGGGCCUCAUGUCAUUGGGCCCCGUCGAGCUCGAGAUCCUUCAGCGUAGUGGCACCCCCACCGAGAAGAAGCAAGCCGCUGCUAUUUUACCGGUGGUGCAAAAGCAGCACCAACUUCUGGUUACUUUGCUUCUGUGUAAUGCUUGCGCUAUGGAGGCCCUUCCUAUAUACCUGGAUAAGAUUUUUCACCCCUUUGUUGCUGUUUUGCUGUCUGUAACUUUUGUUCUGGCUUUUGGAGAGGUUAUACCGCAAGCAAUAUGCUCAAGAUACGGACUCUCUGUGGGUGCAAACUUUGUGCGGCUUGUGCGUGUUCUGAUGAUCAUCUGUUAUCCAAUUGCUUACCCUAUUGGAAAGGUUCUGGAUGCUGUACUUGGACAUAAUGAUGCUCUGUUCAGACGAGCUCAGUUGAAAGCCCUUGUCUCUAUCCACAGCAAGGAGGCGGGCAAGGGUGGCGAACUCACACAUGAUGAGACAACAAUUAUCAGUGGAGCACUAGAUUUGACUGAAAAGACUGCAGAGGAGGCUAUGACACCUAUAGAAUCAACAUUUUCUUUGGAUGUUAAUUCGAAACUGGACUGGGAAGCAAUUGGGAAAAUUCUUGCACGAGGUCAUAGUCGUGUCCCCAUAUAUUCUGGAAAUACGAAAAAUAUUAUUGGUCUCUUGCUGGUGAAAAGUCUCCUCACAGUGCGAGCAGAAACAGAAACUCCAGUCAGUGCUGUUUCCAUUCGAAGAGUUCCUAGGGUUCCAUCAGAUAUGCCUUUGUAUGAUAUCCUCAAUGAGUUUCAAAAGGGUAGCAGUCAUAUGGCAGCUGUAGUGAAGGUUAAAGGAAAGAGCAAGAACCCUCAUCCUAUAGUUGAAGGGGAGAAAUUUGAGGAGGGCAAAGUUGCUUAUGGAAAUUCUCAACUGACUACCCCCUUGCUAACUGGCAAUGAUGAGAAAUCAGAAAGAGUUGUCGUUGACAUUGAGAAACCUCCGAGGCCUAUCACAAACGGACCCAAUGUUCAACACAAUGGUGUUGCCACAAACUCCGUGUUCCAUUUAUCUGAGGAUAUUGAAGAUGGGGAAGUAAUUGGUAUUAUUACUCUGGAGGAUGUUUUUGAAGAGCUUCUACAAGAGGAAAUUGUAGAUGAGACAGAUGUUUAUGUUGAUGUACAUAAAAGGAUACGUGUGGCUGCAGCUGUUUCAUCUUUGACACGGCCUCCAUCAAAUCGGAGGUUGACUGGUCAAAAACCUGCUGGAGGUCAAAGUAGGCAAGGGCAAGCCCGAAAGAAGUUUGUGGAGGAUGAUUCCCUUCUUUCCCGGAGGACGAGUCCCAUACAAUGAAGUUUUCGGGGAAUUUAGGAGAGCCUCUUGGCAUUGAGAGAUGAGUCAAAAGACCUGCUAGAGAAAGAUGGCCGUGAAGUUGGAGCUUUGUUUUUUUCUGUACGACACUAGCUAGCACCGUAGUUUGCAGAUAUUUUGAAGUAUUUAAGGUUUUACUUCUUUUGUUUUGUACAUGUCCAUACUGAAAUCAGGUAAAUUUGUAUGUGAUAGUUGGAGACAUAAGUGAUAGUUACCACUUACUGGUAGCAGUUCUCGGACUAGAUCAAGACAGGUUUCACUAGUUAUGUGUAACAGAUCCCUUAUG